AUGGCAACAACACAAACGAUCAAGGUUACUCUACAACGAGAUAGUUUGCAUACUGCAUGGGGUUUUCGUUUACAAGGUGGAGCUGAUUUUCGAACGCCAUUUAUUGUUAACAAACUUAUUGCUGGUAGUCCAGCUGAUGGAAAUCUUCAACGUGGUGAUAUUAUUCUUGAAAUAAAUCAAAAACCAAUUAGUUAUAUGAUUCAUGCAGAUGCACUUGAAUUAAUACAAAAAGCUGGUGGUCAAAUAGCAUUUCUUAUAGAAAGAGGAUCUCAUCUACAUCCUCAGGCACCAGUUGUACAAAAUCAACGUUCAAUGUCAGCGGUACCAUGGUCAAGUGCAAAUUCAAAUUCAAAUACAAAUACAAAUACAAAUUUAAAUACUUCUUGGUCAUCGCCCACACAUCAACUUAGUCCUAUGUCAUUUUUUCGAAAUCGACCACUGGAAAGAAUACCUGAGCCUAAACCAUUGCUUAGUCAAACAGGUAGUCCCAUGAUGCCUGGCCCAGUUCCAUCGGUAUCAACAAAGACACGUGGCUAUGUACCACAACCAUCGUUUCAUACGGAUCGAUUCAAUUCACAGGAGAAUUCGUCGUAUUCCCCAGUUCGUUUUGUUUAUCCAGGUCCAACAUAUAAUAAUCGUAGUAGAGCAAUAUCAACAACAGAAACUUAUCAGAAUUCAUAUGAUAAACCAUCAUGGAAAGAACCGUUUACUAAUGAUUCUGAUCGAUAUAUACCUUCCUAUCAGAAAAAUGUUCAAAUAAAUCCUCAUGUUCAAAAACAAUUCUAUAGUCCACCACCGACUCAAACACCACCAGCAAAUCUUAUUCAUCGUCAAUUUAAUUCACCUAUAUCACUUUAUUCAAAUGCUAAUGUACAAGAAGUUAUGAAUCAUCAUAUUACACGUAUCAAUCCUUUGAAUCAAGGCGAAUAUAUAACUGACUUUUAA